UUGCUUGUGUUUCGUGUUUCGUUCGUCACCCCGAACGGUGGUCACAAUUUUCGUAGUAGAGCCUUCGCGGUCGCGCCUUUUGCAGAAUCCCAGCUCCAGGAGGUUGUGUGUGAAUCAUUAAAUGUCCGAGUUAUCAAUGUAAAACCCUCUACAACGUUGUGCAUCAACAGGGCCAGGUUCGUGUCCGUGUUAGUGCCAUCAUUCGCCUCGUGAAAAAGUCCCUGUUGCAUGCUGAUUAAGGAUGUGUUCUUGGUGGUGAAGAAAAGAAGAAGAUUGAAUGUUUGCAUUACAUCGCAACAUGUCGUUGUAACAAGUGUCCAACAGUUUGUGAAGGAUUAACGCGCAUCCGAAGCGAUCGAGCAGACGAGAACAGAUUGAUCUUCUUAUCGAGUGAAACGUGUCCAGUGAGUCAGCAUCCGGUUUAGGCGUCGAACGCCGCACACACAGCAACCAUGGAACCCUCGAACACCGCCAUCAUCGAUCAGCCGCCACAGGUUCCCAAGGGUUUACCGAUCAAGCUGCCCGGUGUACCGAUGAACCCACCGCUGAUCGAUUCGACGGAAGAUCCACAUCCCAGCCUGUCCGAUUGGCACGACUACGAGCCGAACCUGGAGUUCGAUGAUACUGAGCUAUCCCAGACGGCGGUACCGGAACCGGGCGCUACCAUCGUUUUCGACGACACCAGCUAUGCCGCCGAGUUUGAGAUUCCUUCUGCGGACGAAAUUAUCGCCACUACCCUCGAGGCAGACAACUACGAGGAGCAGCUGAAAAUGGUUGAGCCCGACGAAAAUGCCAUCCGGAAGGACUUUAAGAGGCGAAAAUUCAUCGAAUUCAUCGGCACCGACAAACAGGGCCAACCGAUUAUUGCCAUCUACGCGUGCCGGUUACCGGAGCGAAAGGAUCUGAACUCCAACAUUUUCAUCGAUUUUAUCAUCAAAUCGAUGGAAGAGUUCGUCCAGAAUGACUACAUCCUAGCGUACUUCCACCAGGGCAUGAAGGAUAACAGCAAACCGGCCCUCCAGUUCCUGUGGAACUCCUACAAGGAGCUCGAUCGAAGUUUUAAGAAAAAUCUAAAGAAACUUUACGUGGUCCAUCCAACCACCUUCAUCAGGAUGGUGUGGUUCUUCUUCAAGCCGAUCAUCAGCGAAAAGUUCAAAAGUAAGCUGAUCUACACGAGCAGCCUGGACGAGUUGAAGCAAUCGCUUGGCCUAAACACACUCAAGGUGCCGGAUCCAGUGCGAGAGUUUGACGAGAAGAUCAACAAUGGCACGAGACAACGCUUCGGACCCCAAGGGAAGGCGUCCGGUCACCACGGUAGUUCCCCCUCGACGCCAACCAUCCCGAAGACGGCACAGUUUGGUGUUUCGCUGCGAUUCAUAAUUGAAAAUAGCGCCUGCCUCAACUGCAUACCACCGAUCGUACGAAAGUGCGUCGAUCAUCUGUCGCUACCAGAUGUUGUCGAGACAGAAGGUAUCUUCCGACGGACAGGCAACUAUACGCACAUCAAGGAGCUUCGGGCGAAGAUCAACGCGGGCGAGGAGGUGCAGCUGGCCAACGAGGACACGCACGUGACCGCCUCCCUGCUGAAGACGUUCUUACGGGAGCUAGAGGAACCACUGCUAACGUACGAAUUGUACGACGACAUUACGCAGUUCAGUGAGUGGAAAACGGAGGAGCAGCGAUCGCGCAACGUGAAGCAGCUUCUGCGCGAGCGGCUACCGGAGGAGAACUACGAGCUGUUCAAGUAUAUCGUCGAAUUUCUCGGCAAAAUCAUGGAGCGUAAGGACUUCAACAAGAUGACCUCCUCCAACCUGGCGAUCGUGUUCGGACCGAACCUGAUCUGGCCCAAGCAGGAACAGAUGUCGCUCGACGAGAUCGCACCGAUCAAUGCGUUCAUCGAUUACGUGCUGCAGCAUCAGGACGACAUCUACUUCGUGGACAUCAACAAGAAGGACCGCGGGACGUACGAUUAACCGCGGUUGAUCUAAGUGGACUCCCUUUCGGGGGGAGAGAACACACUACAAAUCACUGGAAAUCGAAACAUUCUACAUUCUUCGUUAAUAGUCUACUUAAGUCCGGGGACAAGUGCAUGGCUCCUCCGAUUUUCUCUGGUCUUUCAUUUCCUUUACUUUUUGUUUUGCUAGUGUCGUAAGCGAGAUUAUUUUAAAUGGACGAUCGAUCAGCGGUCGAAUGUUGAUACCAUAAUUAAGGUUUAGGAGCUAGUUCAAGAGAUGGCACAAGAUAUGAAGUGGAUCUGUGAGGUGCAGGCGAUACGUAAGGGUAACAGGGCAGUGUUGUUGUGUAAAGAAAUGAAAAGAUUUUUGUAAAAUAUAAAGUUAAAGUGAGAGCAAGCGCAGGGAUGCAGCGUUCCAGAGCAAUUAGUCAGUGAAUUGUGAAUUGUUGAAACAAUUUAUUUUUUUUAUUUUUAGCUAAAUAGAUUCUAACAUCCACGGUCAGCAGCACGGAAGUGUGUGUGUGUUUUUAGUGUGUGCGCAGAAAUAUGAGGUUAGGUAUGUAAGCGAAAAGAAAGUUAACCAGGGCAGAGUUUGUGGUUUGUUGUGUUGUGAUGAGAGUCGCUAGCCUCUUACUUGUUUUACCUGGCGACAUUUCAGUCGCAGCGCGGUCAGUAGUGCAUACGGGAAACCAAAGAAAUGGAAGGCCGCCGAUCCGCAUAGUGGAUCGAGCAUUAAACGCACAGCUACGUCAGCCCGUUUCUACACGCUGCUGCAACCGCUGUUCAACAGUCACAUCACAGUAAGCCGAAAGCAGAGAGAAAGUUAAAAACGUUAAUAAUACAACGAUUUUAACCAUGUAUUCCACUCCUCGAAUCCCCCCAAAAAAAAACAUGUAGUCACACCGUGUAAGUAAAUAACCAUGCUCGUGGUAGCAGAUGAAAUUCAAUUUUAACCAUUACCGUCAGACCCAGAGAAGCAGGAAGGUUCAGGCUGUGGAAGACAACCGGUACGAGGGAUUAUUAUAAAAAAAAAAAACAAUCCCAUCAUUCAAUUACUAGCGGAUAGGGUGCGUUAGCACGCAAAA